CACGGGCAGAAAUAUCGCCUCAUUGGUGGGGGGUAGAACCACCUCAAUAUCCUGUUUCACUGCCUAAGUUCAUUAAAUAAGUUCUCUAUCGUUCAACGGAAGCUGCCCGCAGAAUACGGCAGUGGAUGCAAUGCAUACUGUUGUCGUCGGGCAUAGAGUAGCCAUGGAGAACCGAGAAUCCAUCGAAGAUGAUCUUGAUAGUGCGACGGAAGCGUUCGACCAAAGUACGUUGAGCAUAAAACAUCAGACCAAGGGCACCGUGCAAGAUAUUUGGCAACGGCCUACAAGACGACCUCUUCCUCCGGCAGACGAUGUGGUGCUGUGCUUUGAGAUUCCACUCGCCCGCAUCCUACCUGCUUCAUCAGGUGAUGGCCAGUCGUUACCCUCUAGUGUCGGCAAGAAGUACGUGAUAUAUGAGGUGAACAUUCGCAAGGAUGGUCCCGGUCCGGAUCCGUUCCCGACCAGUGUCGAACGACGCUACACUCACUUCCUAAGGCUGCACGAAGGGUUACGGAAAGAAUAUCCGACCCUGCUGCAAACGGUCAGCUUCCCGAAAAAGGUUCUGAUGGGGAAUUUUACCGCCGAACUGAUCGGUGAACGCAGUGCCGCCUUCGAGUGCUUUCUCGACCAUAUCGUAUCCGUGCCUUCGCUGCGUGAUUCGGUUCAUUUUCUCGAGUUUCUGCAAGGGGAUGAGCUGCGUAACGCGUGUCAAUUAUUGGACGAACGGCGCAAUGAGCUGGCCGUGCCGCUGUUGGAGAAUUGCUUCCGGUUGUUGAACAAAAUAUUUCUGGACAAGUCCAAGUGUGUGCUGUUGUUACUGUGCCGGCUGGUGGCAGCCUGUACCACCUCACCGAUACCGCACCCGUCCGCGGAACAGUGGGCCGAGCUGGCCUUGCGACGCUAUGAGCAUGUGUGCGAUACGGAACUGUUGGUGCUUUACAUUCCGCUGCUGCAGACGUGUUUGCAUCUCUGGUGGCAACGUGGGCGCGACCGUAGCCUGCUCGAGGAACGGUUGAACGAGAUGGGCAAGAAGGGUAUCAAGGUAAAGGGCGGACCAACUCUUGCCCAAGCCAUACACGCAUUGGACCCGCGGGCCGAAACGAUAUAAAAUCUGUGGGAACACAGGUAGAGCGUGUUACAGCGAAAGAUCAUCACAAGUGCAUCCAUCAAACAUCACAAGCUGAGACUAAACUUUUUUUUAUAUUUUAUUUUAUUGUAUAAUUCUUUUUAGCUUUAAAAGUGCAUUUGGGUUGUUUGCAUGUUAGUUCGUAGCCGUUAAAAUACCGCCUCGAUGUGCGUAUUGAGUCUCUUUAUUACCAAACGCAUUUUUAUUUUACCUUCUAAACAAUCGUGAUAAAGAAAUCGUUGUGCACAUUCUUAUUAAAACAAAAAUAUACAUUAGGGCACUGUUUGGUUCCACAGCUUAGUCCGUUUUCGCUUGGUAAGAGACGUAGAGUACCUUAUUUUUUGUCAUGGGUUUGGACAAUUUUAUAAAUAAAUUACUAUGUGCA